AUGAAUAUCUAUGGCAGGGAUCAGCGGGCGUACAAUUUGCACCGUACCCGUGGAGAGGGGUGGCUUCUUCAUGUCCACACGCUCACCAUUGGAGUACAGCUUGCGUGUUUGCUCUUUGCCAUUUUUCGUACAUCUAAUGCCGCUUCUGCUACCAUGGCGAAUAACUUUCUUGUUACUUCCCUGCUCGAUCUAGAUAAUUUUUAUCUUUUGGAUGGUUGCAGUGUUUUGGUGAACAGAUCACGGACUGUAUUCAGCAAAGUCAGUUAUUCAUUAUCUACCGAAAAUGUGGGUUAUUUUAUUAGUCGUAGUGCAACAAAUAUACGUCUGUUGUUUACAUGCGCCUCGUUGAACUUUGUUGUCUGUACAAUAAAUCGUCUAUGGCUUUGGAUGACACUCCAAGAGUUACGACAUCAUUUUGUGGUGAUUCGGCAUGAUUUAUUUAUUGCCUGGGAGUUGUGCCUCAUUAUCAUUUGUAUUGUACUGCUGAAGCAUGUGGAGGAAGAAAAUAAGUCGCUGCGAUUUUACCUUUCAAAGUGUACACGACGUCAGGCCAAUAAUUUCACCACUGUCACGUCGUACAUUGAGCUGCGCGUAUCCUUUUACAUGACGUUAGCUCUUUUUUUGCUGAACGCGUUGGUGGCAAUUUUUGUACGGCUUAAGAAUAAUCCAGGCAAAAGGAUACUCAAUCACGAGGUAACACAACUAGAAACGCCAUAUAACCAUGCAUCGGAAGGGCCAGGGAUGCAGCAGCAGCAGCAGCAACAACAACACCGGUUUCAGCCAUACAAUUUACCCCCGCCUGGUGUGAGGCAUGGAGAGGGAGAGGGUACCACAAUUUCUGGUAACGAGGUGGUUCUUGGCACGACCGCGGCGCACGUGGGGCCUUUGGAACACGUUGAGAACCGACAUUUUUCUCCCGGCUUUGGCCCGAGUGUCAGUCGACCGAUGACGCCUAGUACGACGACUCCGGAUCCCGGCACGUUGCAGAACAGAGAAGAUGGCGCCAUGUCGGCCCCUGAGAAUUCAUUGAGAAGUCCUGGCGACGGGGUCCACGCGUUGUCACAUCCAUCGUGGGAAGCGUCGUUGACUCGUUUUCAGCCGCCCCCACCACCGCCCUCAUUGGGAAGGAUGAGGGCUGCGCAGGGGGACGCCGCCACCGAAGAGACGGUAGAGUUAGAGCAUAGACGCUAA